AUGAUGGCGUGUUCCUUGGAGCAGGCGUUGGCUGUGAUGGUCUCUACCUUCCACAAAUACUCGGGGAAGGAAGGGGACAAGUUCAAGCUGAGCAAAGCGGAGCUGAAGGAGCUGCUCACCAGGGAGCUGCCUGCUUUCGGCACCAAGCAGAUGGAUGAAGGGGAGUUCCGGCGCCUGAUGAACGACCUGGACCACGACAAGGACAGCGAGGUGGACUUCAAGGAGUACGCCUGCUUCCUGGCCUGCGUGGCCAUGGGCUACAACGAGUUCUUCCGCGAAGCCCAACGGCCCCGCAAGAAGUGA